AUGAUUCGUUUGACAGACAUUUUCAGCGGCAGCCUAGGCAUCAGCAGUCCGCAGCAGCAGCAAGUUCCAAUGGCCGAAGUCGAGUACAUUGUCGCUAAGUACAACUACGACGCAAAAGAGUCGCAAGAGCUAAGCGUCAAGAAGAACGAAAGACUGGUGCUGGUCGACGACAGCGGUUCGUGGUGGAAGGUACGUAACGUGCAUAACCGCGUCGGCCUGGUGCCGUCGAACUACGUGAGGAGAGAGAACUGGAAAGAUGCGUUGGGAGGCACGUUCGACCUGAUCAAAGAGAGCUUGAAGCGCAAAGGCAGUUGCGAUGUCAAAAAGGUGUCGCUGUCGACCAUUCCUAAGCAGGUAACUGACGGCGUUUCGCAACGUUCGUUCCUCACGCUCCCUCGUUCGUCCAUUGCUUCUCACCGCGCGUACCGUUUAGACGCCGCGCACUAUAUCGACAACAACAUCGAUUUCUCAUCCAAGGCGACGUGUGCGCCGUCAGUGGCCUUCGCUCGGUACGACUACUGUCCGACGCGCGACGACGAGCUGAAGCUGACCAGGGGCAGCGAGAUCGAGGUGCUCGAAAAGUCUGCCGAUGGCUGGUGGCGAGGCCAAUGCGGCAAUCACGUUGGUUGGUUUCCUUCCAACUACGUCGAUGAGCAUCCGCAGCGUUUCCCAGCACCAGCCCCGCCCCUGGCACUCUCGCCAGCGCCGGUUUCGUUCGUGAUCACCAACGGAUCCGGAUGUGCUGGAGGCACCAGCGAUUUACGGCAUAUCCUUCAUCCGCCAGAAGUGAAACCAGAGAAAAUCUUUGCCUCGAUUUCUGAGGAAAUCGAAUCACGUUUCGAAAAGCCGCCUGCUGGCGCCGUUGAUUCGACGUGCGACGUAGCGUCGAAAUCAGUAGCAACUGCUGCCAGCCGUGGUCGCUCUUCGCUUUCGCAGGAGUCUUGGUAUUUUGGUGCUAUCACCAGGGAACAGAGCGAAAAGCUGCUGUCUGAGUACGGAAUCGACGGCGACUUCCUGAUCCGAGAUAGCGAAUCGAACCCAGGCGACUUCUCUGUUUCGUUGAAGGCUCAUGACAGGAACAAGCACUUCUGGGUUCGCAUCAACGGCGACAUGUACGAAAUCGGAACGCGUCGGUUCUCUUCCCUGGAAGAACUCAUCAAACAUUACACUGAAUACCCGAUAUUCACCAGCGACAAGGGCGACAAACUCUAUCUGGUCAAACCUCUAGCAAAGCGUGUCACUUGA